AUGCAACUAUGUCGUGGCCAGUUGACGGUGGCAGGGGGGCAGGGAGAGCACGAGCCGAGCCGCAACACGUUCACGUCGCGAUGUCACACAAAAUCGAACGCCGGGCCAACCAUGUCGAAUCGCUUCGAGGCACGCAAACACAAAAUUCUGGAACAGCUCAGCGCUCCAGAUGGCGAAUAUCAAGACCUGUCACCCAAGGGCUCAGUUGAUGAACCCAUUCGUGACUUGAUCGACGAAAUCAACAGCCUUGAUGGCUUAGUCACGACGAGCAGCUGCUCCGGACGGAUCAGCGUGUUUCUCGAAGGACGGAAGACGGACAGCGAGAGCGCACAACUUCCAGAGGAUGGCGUUGAGUCACGCGCUGGUCCAGGAGGAAAAGGCGGAGGUGCAUGGCUCUACAUAUCUCACUCUCCACUUGAAACACCGGAAGCAACGCAUGGAUCUACCUUGAUGUCAACGUUUGGCUUUCAGAAUACCACAACCGAAGAGGGGAGCACACCUGAUUCACAAUCGAGGUAUAUCCACCUCAAAUUCGAGCCUAUGAUCCUCCACGUCUCGACUGCUUCUUUUACUCAUGCUCAGCGUGUUCUUACUGCUGCACUAAGUGCUGGCUUCCGAGAGAGCGGCGCUGUGAGCCUAGACACGAAAAAGUCCACAGAGGUCAACCCAAUGGUCGCCGUCCGAUCAGCUGGAUACUCGUUUGACUCCAUCAUCGGAUAUCAGGAUGAAGAAGGCCAAAACAUCGCCCUUGUAAAUGAGUUGUAUCUACAGACUUUAGUCCGCAUCGCGAACGACCGCUUCAAGAUCAAUACCGAGAGAAUCGCAAGACUUCGUGCAGCUCUUAUGGACUCCCACUGCUCUUCAAACGCAGUUUCGUCUGGCACUUCCAAGCCAGAUUGGGAGGAUGCAGAUGUCAGGAAGCGCCGUAAAAGGGAGGAAGGUCUCGCACGGCAACGAGCAUUGCAAGCUCAGGAUUCUCUGGGAGACGCUGAUCCUGGAACAUGUCCGACGGAUGUCCAAACUCCUGAUGGGAUAUUAUGAUGACGGCAACUGCUCGGUGACUCAAGCACGUUGUAAGAAAACAUGAGCGCAACAUUAUUUGUAAUGUCUCCGAGAGUAGCGUCAUAAAUUAGCAUGGUGGAGACAAUCUGGGAUCAACUGCGCGAAUUUACCAUACAGGAUCUAUAGUUUGGAUCUAGCAUAUUGAUUAGGUUCUGCCGUCUAUCUCAUUGUAACUGCUGAAGAAUAAUCCCAACAUAGGUCAACUGUCUCACAACUGGG